AUGGCUUCCAACAUUUCUGCAGCCAGCUGUGAAGCGAGUACACCUGUAGAAAAUGAAGUUGCUAUCGAGCUGGACUAUUUCAAUACGCUUUUCGUAUAUCUCAGACUCUUGAAGUUUGACAACAAAUCCAUGUCGGAAAAACAUAAAAUAAAGUUUGAUAAAGACCUUUUCAGAGUUCCCAAUCAAAAGGCUUUCCAACUUGUUAUACACUUCCUGUUCAAUAAACUUGAUGGGUCACGAUCAAAGGAAGUUUUUCGUGAUGUUUGGCCUAUCACUGACAAAAAACAAGAGGCAGAGUUCCGAAAGCAAGUUAGGCUUUGGUUAGCUGAAGUGCAAGAGAAUAAUAAAGAGGCUUUCCAAUUUGAUGGCCGCCACAUCAAUCCCUCAAUGUUUCUGUCCCCAGGAGGAGAAAAGUUUGCUCAGCUAAUGUGUGCUUUGGCUUCACACAUCCUUGACAAAAUACCAGUGCGAAACUCACCACUGGAACCACCACCUGUUUUCAAUUCAAAUCCGUUAAUCACAAAUCUAAAACUUUUAGUACUCAAGGGACAUCUCCAUUCUGAAUUUGAAGCACAUGUAAGGAUAACAAAUAAUUUCCGAGAAGAAUAUCAACACUACAAACAGCUAGCAAGAGAAUUACAAGCAGAAUACAGAGAAUUGUGUGAAGAAGAAGUGAGAGCUAAGAAGGAGCUGUGUUUAAUAGCUGAAAGCUCUGGUCUACCAGAACUCAAAAGAAAAGCUCUCAUCGAUCUUGAUAAUAACGAAAUCUGCUUAGAAUUGGCCACCGAGAUUGAAAAGGAAAACGAAAACCUAAACACGCUCAUGAAAGGAUUGUUAAUUUACGAGGAAUCCUUCAAGAAAUCGUGGAACAUUAUCAAGGAUGUUAUUGAAAUGACUAAAGGACGGCAAGCGAGUAUAAAUGGAAGAAAAUUAAUCAGUUCCUUCCCUACCGAUUUCAUCGAACAAUACCAAACUAUACAUAGCGGAAGUCGCUUAGAGCUUCAAAAGAAAGGCGGGUAUUAUGACUUGGUGCCGUUGCUGAACUUGGUUUUGUUUUCCGUUACAACAGCAAAGGAGAUUACCGAAAAAUUUAGCUUUCCAUCGCUUGAAGACGAACUGAUGAAACUGUCUCGUCUCCAAUUGUCAGCUGAAUCACGAACCGAAGUUGCUAGUCAGUUGCAUGCACGUUGGAGUCAGAUUUUUAACGAGCAGACGGAAGCGAUCGACAAGAUGCUAACGUCGAAAUUUCAGGGCAACGUGCCCAUGGCCCUUCAGUCUGUGACGCCCUUCCGAAGCGUACUCGUUCCCGAUAAGAAUAGCGCCGAGGCCACUACGCCGGCCGUUCUACGAGCAGCGUUAGGAAUGACGCCUGUCGAAAUGGGCGCCAAAGCGAAAAUGCGACUCAAUCAGCUGAAUUCCGGCAGACCUAGUCUAGAUCUACUAAAUCGACGUCCAGCCCGAGAUGGUAGAAGGCGACAAAGCGGCCAGAACAGCAAUGGCUCUGUGGGUCGGCCAAUUUUUGAAAUGCCCGAAUUACGAAUGCUUGAUAAGCGUCGCAGUCAAGAAAUGAGCAGUUCUGGACUGGAGCUGUGUCGAAAACGAUCACUGACGCCAGAGCCGAGCAGGAACUCUUCACUGAAUAGGACACCAAUAGGAAACUUUUUCUUGCCUGCGCACGCGAGAAUGAACCGGCCUAGUAGCUUGGCUGCUAGCCCAGUCGUGGCACUUGUGGCUGGAUCCCACUCGCAGAGGCAGCAAACAGAAAGACGUUCUUUGCCUCAGGUGGCUCAGCAGUUGGAAGCAGCUGCUUUAUCGACACCUCAGACGACCCACGGAGGCAGUGUUUGGGACCAGGCCGCGGAAAACAUCGUUUUUGAUUUGGUUCGUUUUGAUAGCCCUGCCGCACCCGCACAUGGCUUCAUUGAUCCCAACAGCUCUUUCGAACGAAGUGCCUUUGUUAGCCGGAAUUUGAUUCAGCGCUCACCUGAACAAAUGGAUGGGGAAGGCAGAGUUGACAGUAAUCUGGAUUUGUUGAAAGUGUUGGAAACCAAGUUCAUAUCGCCGCGUCGCAGUUCGUUGUUAAGCCGACCUGGGUCCCGCAACAGCUCGCCUCUUCCACAAGACUGGAUGGAUGCUGGUGGGUUGGUCUUGGACUACGAGAAGGGUUUGCUGGACGCCAGUAGUGCUUCUCUAAUCGAUGACCUCUUAGAUUACUCCCAAGGUCUCUAGUGAACAAACUGCGAAUUUGGGCUUGUGUAUUGUUGUAAUAGCUUCCCUUUUUCUCUUCUCGAUCCAUUGUUUCAGACUCGUUUGAGAGUCUAAUAGAUGGACACAUAUAAUAAUAAAAAAUAUGAACAAUCGGCAACAUUAAA